AUGACGCCAAACAAUGUAAAGAAAGAGACAGCGUGGGGUGGCGUUGUCUAUGCAUAUAAUGACAGAUUCGUACGAGUAUGGGUACCCGGAUUUGACACAGGGAGAAUGUUUAGUGUAGCGGAUGGUUGGGGAAGAGGUUCGCAGGAGACGUGGUCAGAAGGUAUGGUGAAAGUAAGAGUAUGGGGAAAUAUGCCCGGCGAUUCUGUUUAUAAAUCUACGGCAACGAUUGGUCAGAUCACAACAGGAAAUUUAACGUCACAAUUGCAUAGCGUUUCCAGAAGUCUAGACAUGGAUACUGGACUUAUCUCUGUAACGUUGAAGGCUCUUAAUGGGAACAACAAUGGGUAUUCCUUUCCUACCUUGGGUGCCGUACAGAACACAGAUCCUAGAGACAAGUUUGGUGGAGUUGUGUACUCAUACUCUCCAAACGCUAUCCGAAUUUGGCAUCCCAUUGUUCCCGGUGGCGGAAAUACGGCACUGUACACUAAAGGAUCCAUCAUAUACUUAUCUCCGUACUGGGGAGGUGGCAGUUUCUCUCAAGAUUCCAAAAAUGGAUUGGUUGAAGUUCGAUUUUGGAACUCCUAUACAGGACAAUGUCCGCCUCCAACCACUCCAGCUAAAGCCAGCACGUCCCCCUUUACUGGUACUACAUCCAACAUGUCUCGUCCUCACUCAACACCUCUCACAACUCGCACGACGAGUCGUUUGACAACGUCUUUCUUACCCAUAACAUCGGUACCCGUGUUAACAUCUACCACCGCAAGGUCAGCAACAGUCACAUCGACUUCAACAAAGUCUACUGCGUCAACAAGCAGGACUAGUUUUCACGCACAAAGUUCUAGACAUGUCAGCACCGCAAUUCCCUCAACCAGAACGAGCUCAGGUGGACAUUCGGGAGCGAAUUCUAAAACUGUUUCGAGAAGUGUAGGGACUACGACUGGAUUCAGAGGAUCUAAGGCAACCACUAGCAGCACAAUACUCACAGGAACCGGCGGUACAAAUUCACAAGCUACAAGAAGUACUUUGAGGGAUGGCCAGGAUGGACAAGAUGACGGAGGCCUGUCGCCAGUAGCUACCGGUCUCAUCGCAACUGCCAGUAUCCUAUCUGCCGCUUGUUGUUUGAGCGGGCUGAUAUUCGGUUUACUAAAGAAGAUGAAAAGGAAGCAGAAGGUCGACCCGGAAAUCGAGAACAAUGAUGCAUUUGGAAGUCAAAAAGCCAUUGAAGACAAAGGGAAUCCUGCAACAAAUAACGGAACUUCUCCAACAGAUGACGGAACACACCCAUCAAGUACAACAGAUAACGGAAAUCCUUCGCCGGAGAACGGAAGUCCUCCAACAGGGAACGGAAGUCCUCCAGUUGAUACCGGAAGUCCACAAAUUGCUACAGAUCGCCCACAGACAGCGCGUCCAGAAUAG